AGUACACAACACAGCGUGAGGGUUUCCCCAAUAGAGAGAGACAGAUAGAUUAUUGAUAGAGAUUCUAUAUGGUGUCUCUAUUCAUCUUCCAAAAUUGGGGAAACUAGGAAACACCAUCCAUGGUGUUGCACUGAAAACACAUUAAAUUCAACUUUCAUUGUGUUUUCAUGGCGCUUUCUAUUUGAAGUCUGUUGGUUUGAAUUCGGUAACAGGUGUUUUGGCUACAGGAUUGACUGAUUUGUGAUUUGGUGGCUCUGGUUGCAUUACAAUCUGCGCCUCAUCAUCAAGGAAUUCGCUUAAUUUGGGUAUGGGUUAAAUGAUAUUUAAUGGCUGUGUUUACGAUUUCUCAGUGAUGAGAGCAAGUGUCCUUGAAUGCCCUUGUUUUUCGUUCAGUCUUGGAAGUGGUAACUGACAGGUGAAGCGUUAUGAUGCUCGAGGACUUCUUUACCUUAGCCGAGAUAAAAGAUGGGCUCACAUCUCCUGAUAGAGUUAAGGAGCUCAUGACCGUGAUGCAAAAGGAGAAAGAUUCUGUUGUCAAGAAUGUUGGUGAUGCAUCCACACAGUGGGAUAUGGUUGCAAAUGUUAUUGUGGUCACUGAAAGCAAGGAAUGCCUUGAUCUUUUUGUUGAAUUGGAUGGACUCCGGUUGAUUAAGAGUUGGCUCAAAGAUGCUCACAAGUUUGGAGAUGAAUCCGGCAUCCAUGACUCAACCAUUGCAUUGUUAAGAGCACUUGAUAGGCUGCAGAUAGAUAAGAGCAGGUUGGUGUGUUCUGGAAUACUAACAAGUGUUCUAGGACUUCUUGAUCAUGACGAUUCUGUGGUUUACGAGAAAGCGAAAGCUUUGUGGGAUAAGUGGAUGCAGAAGCAGGAUGGUGAAACAUAUCCUCCGUUGGCUAGUUCUCCUUCAUGCAGUGAUGAUGAUGAUGAACAACUUUCAAAACAAUCUGGUGAUGAAAUGAGGCCAUUGGUAUGCUUCGGUAGUGUUCGGGAAGUAGAUAAAAAAGAGAAACCAUUAGCGGAUAAGAACGUGAACCCUCGAACGACAAAGGUGGUUCUUGGUGAUACUGGUGACAACGAUGACGAGGUGGUGGAUUCCAGUGGCGGUGAGAAUUGUAAAUGGGCGAUAGCUGAAAGUGAGAGUGGGGCUGCUGAUACAAAGAAACAAGUUGGUGGUCAAAGUGAGGACGAUUCGGGGAUUGGUUCAGGUUUCUCCAAACCAUUGAUAAAUGGCGAAGGCGGUGGUGGAAUGGUGGAGGUUGCUAGAAAAGUUGCUAUGGAGGUGGAAAGAGAAGUUGAUUCUAAGGGUGGAAUUGAAAGGUCAGUCUCUAGAAAUGGAAAAGAAAGCCUACUUAUUGGUGGUCCGACUAAGCUAGCUUCAUCUGGACCCGGACCUUCUACGAAGGUUGUGCAUGUUAAUAAUGGCGAAGCUACCCUUGGCUUAGUUUCUGAGGUGGCUCAAGAAUCGGAAGUCAACACCGAAAGAUGUUUUCCUGGGUUUGAUUUGAAUCAAGAGGGUUGUUCUGAAGAAAUUGAGCGUCCGGUGACAACCCCAAUCUCUGUUGUUUCUGCUUCCAGGGCCGAUAUUCAAUCUGAGGGUGACCUUGGAUGGAAAGGAUCUGCCAUGACCAGCGCUUUCCGACGGAUUGCUGAGUGUGGGACCUCGCACAACUCUAAACAACGUUCAGAUCGUCUCAAUAUUGAUCUGAAUGUUGCCGAAGACGGCGAGGAUAAGAUUGGAGGCUACUCAUCGCAAAACAAGAACCCGAUCAUAUCCAGUCUUCCUUCUGGGGAAGAAUCUUCCAUAGAGGCGAGUCCAAGGAAAUCAAUGAGGUUGCAUUUAGAUCUUAAUAGUCUCGGUGAUGGCAGUGUUGACAAUGUUGUUCUAAAUCAAAACGGGGGCCGAAGUCCAUCUCAAUCCUCUUCAUCGUCCGUAAUGCAGCCUUCUAUGAGGAACAUCGAUUUGAAUCUGAACGACCACUCAAACUUUCCAAAUGAUGGUUUUUCGAAUCAUCAUAAUCUGUUGAGCCAAGACGAGUCUGCUAUUUCGCUCUUCGGUACCAGAGUUGAGAAUGGUAUUCUGCAGCCUCCUCCUAACAGAAGGAUGUUGGAGCCUGCAGUGAGGAACGGUGUGGGUGUGCAUGGUUUUCCAUUUAUGUAUCUCUCUUCUCCCUACGGAUCAGUAGGUGCACCCACUCCAUAUAUGGUUGAUCCAAGAGGUGGAGUAGGUGCACCCACUCCAUAUAUGGUUGAUCCAAGAGGUGGGGUUCCGCCUCAACCACCGCCUACGGCUUUCGCGAUGAACAUGGAUGCUGGUGGUUCCCAAGAUAACGUGGAUUUGAUGAUGAAUAAUUGCCAUGGAGGACCGUCGAGUUGGGUGGUUGGAGAGAAACGGCAAGAACCAGAUGGCGGAUGGGAUGGUUUCUCCGGUGAUUACAACUACCAGCAGCCACCGUGGAAAUGAGAUCCAUAAGGAUAGAGUAUUAUUAUUAUUAUUAUUAUUAAGGUUAAUUAUCUGAAAUAAAUGUAUGAUAUGG